AGAACCAGAUGAUCAUAGAUUGAUUGUAAAAGAUCAUGUCAACCUCAUCAUCUGUUUGCCUCCUGUUUUCAAAUGUAACCGUAACCGAUGAUACCUAAAAGAGCCUUUUCUUUAAUUCGCAUCUGCUUGGUUUACCGUUUUCGGCUUUCUAGCCAAUAACCCUGGCUUUAGUCUGGUUUGGCUUUGUGUUGUAGCUGUCGCCCUGACCCAUUUUAUUUUUGAGCUUGAUUUCUUGCAUAAAUUCAAUGGGAAUGAGAAUAUAUCCAACCAUUAGGAUACUCAUGAACAUAUUAUACGUGGAAACAUAUCUAACAACAAUAUAUUCAACCAUUAGGAUGCAUCCAACCAUGAGGAUACUCAUGAACAUAUUAUACGUGGAAAUAUAUCUAACACCUAUAUAUUCUUCUUAUUCAUAAGAAAGGAAAAGCAAUAUAUUCUUCUUCCAUAAGAGGACACUUAAUUCCUAUAAAACAUUAAAAUUAAUAACUGAGGGAAUUACAAAAAAGGAAACUAUCCUUUGAGCCAAUGAAGAAGAAAAGGUAAAGUACGGAAGUUGAGCCUUUGUCCUUUAAGAAGUUUCAGUCUCUCAAUGCUUCAGCAGCGGGAAGGAUGAUGAAGAGAGUGUUUGUCACCAAGAAGAAGGAGCCUCUUGUCGCCCCCAAUGAAGAAGCUUUCGAUCGGAUUACUAAACUGUGCAAGAAAGUGGACGAGAAGAUAAGGAAGCUGGAUGCCGCGCUCAUCAGUUACAGGGAGCAGAUCAAGAAGACUCAACCCGGGCCUGCCCGAGAAGCCAUCAAGGCUCGAGCAGUGCCUUUACUCAAGCAAAAGCGAACCUAUGAAGGACAGCUGGAUAUGCUGCGUGGUCGGACAUUGAUUCUAGAUCAAGUUGCAUUCGCUGCCAACAAAAUCAAAGAUGCCCGACAAACUUCCUCGAAGGGGCAGGGUUUGAGACAGUUCAGCCGAAGCUUUAUGUGUCCAGUUACCGCAACAUGCUGCCUAACUCCUGAGAGCUCCAUCGCAAAGACGAAGUCUUCAUCUUCCUUGUAAUCGAAGCGAGGACGCAAAGAAUCAGAGAAUUGCAGGAGACCGCAUUGGGGUGAACUAAAUUGUGUCAACGAAAAAGUCAGCAUAACUAUUACAAGAAUUACAAUAUUUGUUCCGAUGGAUUUCAAAUUUCCAAUAGAAAAGAAAAGACUCGACCAAGAGAAAUAACUCUCUAAAAUUUGAGAGAUAUCUGAAUGAUUUUUAUU